UUCGUGGUUCGUGUGUGUGGACCAGCGCUGAUUUACGUUGAUUUUUGUGGCGAAUAAUUGGCGGUACGUGACGACGAGGCGGUCGGAAGGGGCGGGUGAACGUUCGUGCCGAAGUAAAAAAAAAAAAAACGUGAUAUAAACGUUUUGUUAACGCUGGUUAACGCGAGAACGAGAGGCGCAAAUGUGGCGCUCGUCCGGAAAGGAACGGACAUCAUAACCUUGGAAGGAUCCGUGAACGCCGACUCGCGAGGCCCUGACACUUGUCCGAUUGAUAAAUAAAAGUUUCGACCGACAUGGAAGCGGUCGAGGAGAGCGAGCCCAACAUUCUUCGUGAGAUAGCGAGCGACGACGAGCUGAAGCAAAUCCCGCGGGAGCUGACGAGGAAGAUCAAUGCGCAUUUCAACGCGAGAUUCGAGGAGUUCAUAACCGCCAAGGCGGUUUUCGAGACCAGCCGAAAAUGCCUGGAGCAAAAUUUGGAGAAGGCGCAGAAGGAGCUUACGGAACAGAAAUUGAGUCUUGACGAGUGUAGAGAAAAGUUGGAGCUGACGGAGAGGAGCAAUACGGAAACGUGUAACAAUCUUGAGGAAGUGAAAAUUGAAGUACACCGAUUACAGGAAUCUGUCAAACGAUUAGAAAAGGAAAAUGGUGAAUUACGUAGACAAAGAGAUACAGCUACGGACGAGGCAAACGCAUUGCAACUGCAAGUUGAAAGGCGGGAUACCGAAAUUGAAAGGAUGCGUACUGAAUUGGCUUCUUAUAGCUCUCAGCUUCAAGCUGCUAUAGCUGCCAAAUGCCAAACUCUAGCUGAAACCGAGGAAAUUCGCAGUCGCGAAAUGACCUUAGAUUACAAGGAGAAACGGCUGGAGCAAGAGCGAGUGCUCUUCACGCAACAGUUAGCAGGCCUCGAGGAGGAGUUGGCCAAGAGGACCUCUGAACUUCAGACAGCGAGAUCCGAAGGCUCCUCUAGAAAUCUCUUAAUUGAUACUAAGCUGUCCCAGCGCGAGGAAGAAUUAAGAAUAGUCAACGAAGCCAACUCUCAACUACGAGAAUCAGUCUCCUCUCUCCAGAAGCAUUGUGACGAACUGACGCAGAAGGUAGAGCAGCAGCGAGCUCAUGAAAUCGCGAUAAAUGAUUCCUACCAGAAGGAGAUUAAUGCGCAAAAAAAUCUAGCCAGCUUAUAUGAGUCGAUGAAGGACGAUGCUAAUGCCAAGGCCGAGGAACUCUCUAACGCGGCGAGUGAGCUGCAAAAGCUUGUGGAUAGCACUGCGGAGGAGUAUGGAAUCUUGGAGACGAAGUACAAUCAACUGUUGCUCCAACACAAGCAGGAUAUUGAUGAAAAAGAACAAAAUAUCCAGGAGUUGACAAAAGAGUUGGAACAUGCUAACCAAUUACUGAAGAAUUUCCAACAAGAACAAUUGAAUCAAGCUGUAGAGCAGUUGGCACCUACAGCAGCUAUAACCAGUCGAGUUCUGCGAAAGGGCGCAAGUCUCACGCAAAUUUAUACUCAAUUGGUCGAAGCCACUAAUGAAUUAGCCUUGGCGAAAGAAGAAAAUGGACGUUUGAAGUGCCAAAUGGAUGCGAUCCUUCGCGAGUUAGAGCAGAAGGCGCCGUUACUGCAGCAACAACGUCAGGAUUAUGAAACGGCAAUGUCGAAUAUCGCGACGCUGACGAACAGGCUAGACGAGCUUCUCGCGGAAAAUCAGCGUCUUCAUGAAAACUUUGAUGAAGCUAACCGUCUCGCUAAGCAUCACACUAAGGAAAAUCAAAGGCUGAAAAGUCAGUCGGCCGACUUAGCUAGACAAGUAUGUUAUUUGCUCAAAGAAGUCCAAGAAAAUCGCACUGGCACUCACAUGGAAACUAGAGACUUGUCUUCCUCCGUAGAUCCAGAUGACAUCUUGUCAUCGCAAAUUAUUAGCAAGAAAUUGGUGACCUUUAAGGAUAUUGAAGAACUGCAGGAGAAUAAUCAGAAAUUGUUGGCGGUUGUCCGCGCGUUGUCAUCCAGACAAGAGGAAAUCGAGCGUGCCACCAAUGAAAUAAACUCGGGCGAGAUGAAGGAAAAGUUAGAUCAUUAUAUGGAACAGUUGGCAGAGAUGCAGGCUGCACAAGACAGACAGGCGAAGAUGUUUGACGGUCUUAUGAAGCAGAGAGACAUAUAUAAAAAUAUGUACCAGCAGAUUAAGAGUUCUAACGAGAAGAGAAAGGGGGGAGCGGAAAAAGACAUCGAAGAAGAGGACACAUCCAAGUCGGAAGAGGAGUCGAAAACAACGAAAAGCAGUGAAAUGGAAAAAAUAUCUAGCAAGCUGAAGGAGGCUGAGAAUAAGUUUAAACAAAUUUCAGACGAGUUUGAGACAUAUCGAAAAGAUCGGAGCGCGCAUGAAAAGAUGUUAAGCGAGGAGAUUGAAAAACUCAGAAAGGAGGCAGAAGCGAAAUCGGGAAGAUGCUGCGCGCUAAAAGCGCAGCUGGAUUCAGCGAACGACAGAUUCACAAAUUUGCAGAAUCAUAUCAGCACUUACAAGAACCAAAUUAAAGCACUCGAAGACAAAUGCAACAAUUAUAGCGUUACCAUCAGCAAACAUGAGCAAAGUAUUAUGAUGCUGAAAGACGAAACGCUCGCCGCGCAAUCUCGCUUAUCACGGGCGGAAGUUCAACUAGACAACAUUCGUCAGGAACGUCAACUUCUGCUGGACUCCGAGACACGUCUCCUAAAGGAGCGGGAGGUCUUCCAAAGGGAGAGACAGACCCAAGCACUGCUUUUUGCCGAUAUGGAAUCCAUCAAAGCCAGCUUGGAGCGAGUCCAGGCUGAAGGACAGCUCAGAGCCGAGCACAGAGUCGACGACGCCAACAGAGAAUGUGCCGCCCUUCGACGUCGUCUUCAGGAAGAGCAGGAUCGUUUCAGGGAACUAACCGCUCAUUUGGAGAGACAGUUUACUACUGCUCAAGAAAGAUUGAAGGAGGAACGUGAAUUGAGCGAGAGAUUGAAGGCGGAGCUGGAUCAAGCGAGAGAGAUUGAGACUCACAGUAGCCAAAAAAUUGAUGAAUUGAAUACUAAAUUAAAACAAGCAGCUGCCCAUUCUAUCACUAAACCCUUGACAGGCGAGGAGAAUCUUGUGAAGAGGGUGAAGGAGUUGGAGGUGCAACUAGGUACUUCCCAAAUCGAAGUGAAGUCGCUUUCCGAACAAUUGAAGGCAGCGAGGCAACAAAGUCAGCAGUACUGUGACAUCGCUGAGAGCGCCGAAACGCAGUUGAGAGAAUUGACGGCCGAGUACAACAAGUGUAAAGAGGAACUAGAGAACGCUCUGAAAGAGUCACGUAGUGAGGUUCUUUCGUUGCAAAAGAGAGUGAAGGAGCUGAGCGACGAUCUGACGAAGAUAUCAAACGGCAGGCACGAAACUGAUUCAGAAUUAAGAAUUAGACUGGCUGAGGCUGAAAGAAAGGUCGAGGAACUGGACGAGUUGAAGGGUGAGUUGGAGUUACUCAAGAGCGAUCUGAAGUCUGUCUCAGCUACGGCUAAAGAAGCGGAGGACAAAUAUGCUAGAGAAAUGAUGCAGCAUUCGUCUGAUUUACAGAUCUUGGCAAAGUUGAAAGAGGAAGCUGAACAAGUCCAAUAUCGGCUUAAUAGUUUGUCUCAAGAGCGAAACGCGGCAGUGGAGGCUCUAGAAAUUGAGAAAUCAGCCUCAAAACAGAGAGAGCAGAAGUAUAUUAACGAGAUUCAAGAAACUCAGAAGCGAAUUGUAGAUCUCGACACGCAGAAUGCGCUUUUGCACAAUCAGAUUCAAGAAUUGGGUGAUCGAGUGGCCAUCAUGCAGAGUCAACAGACCAAGAUAAGCGGAAGAGACAGUCCGGACACUAGUCUAGAGGCUCUGAACAAGAGUUUCAGCUCUAUGGAGGAAGACUCCAAUUCGGUUGAACAAUUGUUAAAAGUUAUGAAAUAUUUAAGACGAGAGAAGGAUCUUGCCAUAGCUAAAUCCGAUGUUCUCCGAGCUGAAAAUCUCAGAUUAAAAUCGCAGACCGAGGUAAUGGAGAAGCGGUUGAAAGAAACCGAAGUUCUGCUGAACUCUGAACGAGAAAAGGCAGAGAUCGAUGUAAUGACAACGUCUAAGCACGCGGAAUUGCUGCGCAAAGUGGAGACCUUGAACGCCAUCACUGAUUCGAAUCGAAUCCUCAGAGAAGAAAGAGAUAGUCUCAAUAUGAAGGUCAAUCAGCUUACGGCCAAAGUAAACGCUUUAUCAGAGGAAGUAGUACCUCUUCGAGAUCUAUCCCGAGAUUUGACAGCCAAAACGGAAGCUUUGACGGAAGAAAACACCAGCCUGAAAGGCGAGGCGACUAGAUGGAGGCAAAGGGCGAAUACGUUAUUGGAGAGAGCAAAUAAGGCUAGUCCUGAGGACUGGCGACGGCUUCAAACUGAAAGGGAGAAUCUGAGCAAGCUGUUAACAUCAGAGCGAGAAAUUCACGCGAAGAGAACCGAAGAAUUUAAUCAAAUGAAAACGGAGAAGGCAAAACUUGAUGAGCAAUUGAUGCAGUUGCAAAAACAGGUGCAAACUCAAGACGAACAAAUAUCGCGAGCAUCGGAAGAGGUCCGCAAACUGGGUCAAGAACUUAAUGAAGCGCUAGCCGAUUCUUCUUUGAAGGCAAAGGACUUGGCUUCUCUUAGAAAGGAACUGAACGACAAGGAGACCAUUCUUAAUGACAUUAGAAACAAGGAGAUUCAGAUCCGUAAAAUAGCCAAGAAAUAUAAAACACAAUAUGAGGAACUCUCGAGAAACGUAGAAGAAGACAAGAGUCGCAACGAAGAAAAUAGAAACGAAGACGCUUCCGGCGUGACGCAAGAGCGUGAGAACCAGCUGCGCGAGGAAGGCCGUCAGGAAAUUCGUCAGACGAAUCUUGAGCUCACGGCGAAGAUAGACGAGAUAACUCGCCAAAUGGCAGCAGCUCAAAAUGAGGCCGAUAAUCUGAGGAAGGAGAUUGAAGCCAUGAAUCGUAGCAGCAUAGAAAAGGAAGAUAGAGCGAAACAAGUCCUUAAAGGCGCCAGAACGAAAAUCAUGCAGUUGACGGAGUCCAAGAAGAUCUGCGAGAAAGAGCUAUUGGAUCUAAAGUCCAGACUGGAGUCUGCGGGAAGUAGUAGCGGAGUUCAGGGAGAUUCCGACACCGAGCACGAUGCGCGAUUAGUAGCGUUGAAAUCACAAAUGGAGAGCCGUAUCUCCAGACUGGAGCACGAGAAGUCGGAAAUACAGGCGGAAAAGGAGGCGCUUUCGCAGCGGGUUGCUCAACUCCAGAGGCAAUUGUCGGGGGUGAGCGGAGUAAGUGCGACCACGGAACCACCGACCGCGAACAUUAAGCCGAUGUCGGCCAGAGCGGAAACACCGUUGGCCAGCAUCAGGCCGAUGAGCGUGGUGCAAUCACGAACAGCUGCUGUUUUGCCGACUACGGCUGGUGCACCGGUCAUGGUUGCGCCGCAUCAACAGAUGCAGCAACAACAGGUAGUGCACACUACGGAGACGAGCUCGCCGACUAGUAGUCUGACUGACUUCCAACCAGCAAGUACUUCAUCACAGAGUGCACAAACUGGUAGUCUUCGUCAGUUGGUGGUUCAACCGCAGUUAAGCGAAUCGGCCGAGUCGACACAGAGAGAGGAUCCGGAGAGCGCGGAAACACUUAACUUGCAACCGCAACAGCAGCAGUGUCAGCAGCAGCAGCAGCAACAGCAGCAGCAAACGGUAGCACUGGUGAGCCCCAGAGUGGAGCAGCAGCAACAGCAGCAGCAGAUCACCAUCAGUGACCAGCAACAGACGGUAGCGAGCAGCUCCACGCAAUCAGUCAGUACUUCUCAAGCUUCCACGGGACACAAGAGACCACGAGUCGUGGAUUCGACCGCUUCUGGUUCCGGGAUAGUCGAGGGAUUAGAUCACGGACGUCAGGAGCAGGUGCAGAGUCCGAAAACUAAGAGGAGCAGACAGGACAUUAGCGCGACUGCGAGCGCCAGUGCUUCGGAAGUAGAGUAUCAAGUGCCCACGUCGAGCCAGAGGGAUCAAGAUGAAGAAGUAGAAGGUUGUGUGGUAGUAGUAGACUGUGAUGAGGGUGAAGGUGGAGGAAACCAUCAAGCACAAGAAGAAGAAGAGUUUGACAAUGAUACAUAUGAAGAGAUAGAAGAAGAAGAAGAGGUGCCCUAUGAAGUCGAGGUUGAACGAGACAAUAACGAAGUUGAGAUUAUAUUCGAGGAGGAUUCGACUAGUGCCGAAAUUUCUAGGCAAAGCCAAACUGUUAUUCCUACAAGUCAGCAGCAGUCUGAAGCGAUCAGUAGUGCUGGACCGACUGGAGAACCCGCUACGUCUUUUACAACGAGGUCUAGAGGAAUCGCACCUAUGCCCAGGCAGCAGCAACAGCAACAUCUUCUUUUGCCACAACAGGGUUAUGAAGAUGGCGGUGACGACUGCAUCGUACCGAGCACUCCUACUCUUUUCGUUCCUCGUCGCGAUGGUUUCGGCGAAGCUGUAAGUUCUCCGCAGGUGCCGCAAGGUCGUUUUACCUUUGGAGAUUCUUCGACACCUACGACGGCUUCCUCGACGCCAUCUCUAACUACACCUACAGGAUCUACCACUAGGAUUUUCGGUUCUGCCAACUCCGCUGUGGUUCAGGUUCAAGAGAGCCUGGACGACGGUAGAAUGGAUCAGGCACAGCUGGAGGAUGGUGGAACGGGUCGUAGUGUUCCUACAACACCUCUUCAAGUUUCCCCAGCCGCGGAUUUGCCUCCUUCGACUAGUAGCAGCCAAUCCGAAGAACAAGAGAGUACACAUGUUUCCGUAACAGCAACUUCGGGAGAUAGUGUCGAAGAAACGAACAUUCCCAGCAUUCGUAUUGUCGGUGCUGAUGAUCAGCAACGCGGUUCAACUGAAGCUACAGAAUCUAGCGCAACUCCAAGCGAAGAGGUAAGUUCGGAGGGUGAGAAACGAGUGGAAGAAUCAGUGGCCACGGCAUCCAGCGAGGAUGAUGCCAUGGACACGGUAGAAGCGACGGAAGAGGCGGGAAGCGAACUCGCUGAGGACGAAGUCGAAGAAGAGAAUCGUGAAGCGGAGGCGUCACCGUCCAUCAACACUCGCCAGAGGACAAUGGCGGCCAGUCUAGCGGCCGCAGGUGACUCCAAUAACGCCAGGGGUGUGACAGUGAGACGAUCGUCAAGAUCACCUUUCAGGGCGGCCAGAAACGCAAGGCCUACACCAAUUGUUUGGGGAGAAAGUCAGUCGGGUAGAGGACAACCCGUGAUGCGAGGACACGCGGCUAGAGGAGCCGCUAAUGAGGGGGGACGAGGACGAGGGACACGCGGCCGACGAAUGCGCGCGAAAUAUCCUUACGCCCGAUACUCAUAAUAUCGCACAACGUCUUUUCCAUCUUGUGUACGUCUUUUACUCGUCAGACAUUCUAUGUAGUUUGUAUUGUCGAAUUAUGUUAAACAUACAGUAAAGGAUAAACUCCAGUAAACUGGUUCGAUAUCUUUUAUAUAAUAAAUGCUUUAACGUUCCUAAUCAUUUCUUUAAAAAAAUGUUUGUAGAAGAGUUCUGUAGAAAGUGUUAUAUCAUUCUGUUUACAUUUUUUUCUCAGUAGAAUUUUUAAGGAAGAUUGAAGAAAUAUUUCUUCUUUUUUUAACACGAGUUUGAAGAUUGAAAAUAUUGCAGUUUGCAAUUUUGUCACAUUUCUUUAAAUACUAUAAGAAAUUAAUAAAAUUUAGAUUUAA